AAGUCCGAAAGCACCAAAUUGCAUUCAUUGCGCAUGAACAAACAUGGAAAGUUGUUUAUGAAUUUUUGUUUGACAGUUUCUUCCAUCUUACCAUCCUGAGAUUAGAAUGAUAUUCAACCACUAUUGACAACAAUUUAAACUACUGAUGGUCAAAGAUGGAAGGCCAAUUUAACCAGGAACUAACUAACCGUUUAAUACAUGGCUUGCAACAAACAGGCCAGGAUGAACCAUAUGAGAAUGAUCAACAACAUUAUAUAGAUGAGGAGAAUGCAGUUGACUUUCAAAGAUAUUUAGAGCCAAAUUCUCAAUUUCUUGGGCAAAAUUUUGAAGACAUGGACCCUAGCGAUUUCCCAGGACAGUCAUUUAUGAGUAAAGGUGAUGGAUUGAAUUCUCAAAAUGAAAGUAUGCUUAGAGAUGAAGAGCUCAUUCAAAUAGGUAAUAACCAACAAGAGCAAACAGGAAAUAAUGCAGCAUAUCAGCGAUCCCGUCCAGAUGGAAGCCCAAUGUUUUCACAGAGCUCUGGUUUUGUAGCUGGUGAUAGUGAAUCAGUGGUAUUUCGUCCAAUCAAACAGCUAGAUUUCUCUUCUCUUGAUGAAACUGCUAUGACUGAUGUUAUUCUGCCAAGAGGAAUCAAUAGAUCUGCAUCAACACCUGAUCAUAAUAGCAGAAGUAUUUCAAUGAUCACAAGAGAACAGUUUAUUGAAAAUUCAGGAAUGAAUCGUAAUGACUCGCCUGAUGGAAAUUUUUAUGAGUUGAAAACUUCCCCAAAUCAAAGUGAGCCAGAAGAGGAACUGGAUAGUAAGGUUAUUUUCUCCCCUUUACAUGAUCUUAAUAAUUAUCAAGAAGAACAUUUUGAUUCAGGUAUGAAAUCUCCGUCCUUGUCAAGACAACAAAUGAGACCAAAAGUCUCUCAGAACGUAAACUAUGAAAGCACACAUGAAAACUUUGAACUUACUCAACAAACACUUAAUGAAACAGAUAUUUCUCCAUUUAGAGAUAAUUACCAAACACAAGGACAACAGAAAGUGGUUAGAAAUUCACCACAACAAUCUAUUCCAACAUUUGGUGGGGAUAGAAGGUCACCAAAGUAUUCACCAAGUCAUGGACAGUCUCCCCACCAUCACAGUAUAAGUCCAAGUCUACAGCAUUCACAGCUGUUUGAAACGAGAGAAAUAUUUGUGUCAGUUCCACAACAAAAUCAGUUUGGUCAUAGUCCUAUAACUCCAGAUAGUUUAAAUCAGAGUGGAGGAUUCAGCCAGAAACUAAUUGACCUUGAUGAGCCACAAACCCAAAGGUUUCUUUCUUCACAACAGAAUCAUGAAGCAAAUACUGCCAGUAUUCACUCAGGUCAGGAUAGAGUUUAUAACCCUCAUCAAAAUAAGGUACCAGUCAAUAGGAACCAACAAGUACAGAACAUGGCUCAAAUGUCAGCAGUAGUAAAUCAGCAUGCAACCAGUGGUGGAAGAGGACAGGCAAUGACCAAUCCAACACAUGAUGUACAGAUGAAGGACACAAGUAGGUCUCAAAUGGCAGCAAGCAACAAACCAGAGGGAAAGCCUGUCGAUAAAAAACCAUGGAAUUAUGCAAAAGGGCAAGGAAACAGAGAUCAACAAUCCUACUUGGAAAAAGGAGCACAGAAAAGGGAAGUUCUUGCCCAGCAUGCAAAAUCUAGAUUGGUAAGAGAGGAACCAAAGGGAAGAGCACAGGAAAAGACUUCCCAACUACCUGUUAAAGCUAAAGGAAAUGUGAGAAUGGGUAGUGGGCAGUCAACUGAGAGUUUGAACAAAGUUGGAGAUUCUUUUCCAGCAAACAGGAAUACUAGACAGGCUGUACAGGGCCAGAGUAGAGAUAAUAGUGUAUCAGUAUCUAGAGGUAAUAUUGGUCCUACAGAUGGACAAAGUAGAUAUGGUGGUGUGCCAGUGAAUAAAGGAGGAAACAAAGUAGACCGUGGUAGGAUUUCAGAGCAACAUAAGACAAAGGAAGAUUACUCACCUGUCUCACAAAUGGAACAUUAUUCUGAAGCUCAUGAUAGUAGUUUGGAUGUACAGGGAAUGGAAGAUGUUCGUAGUCAGUUAAAGAAUAUGUUGAAAUUAUCCACGAGCGAAUCUAAUUCAAUGAUGGGAGCGAAAUCAUUUGACUUCAAUGAUGAUCAUGAGGAAGUUCACAAUGAACCAUACCCAGGAAAUGUGGAAUAUUCAGUAAUGAGUGGAAAUGGUCAGGACAAUGUAUCAGAGUUACUGGAGAAUUUUCCAAGUAUCACAGCCUGUAUGUGGACAGAUAACUCUUCAAUAAACAGAAAUGAUGUAUCUGUACAGAAUGAAAAUACAAGACUGAGAGAAAUUUUAGAGAAAGAAAGAUAUAGAAGAAAGCAUUGUGAACAACAGAUACAGAAGCUGAAUAUAAAGCAUUUAGAAACACAACAACAGCUAGCAGUUGCAGUGUCUACAGAUAAACGGAAAGAUAUAAUGAUUGAACAGUUAGACAAGCAAUUGGGUAAAGUAUUAGAAGGAUGGAAGGUACAAGAUCAUGAGAAGACAAUAUCACUGGAGAAAAAUAGACAGGAGAAAAUGAAACUUGAAGAAACAAUAAACAAACAACAAAAGGUGAUAGAUUCCUUUGAACAAGACAUGACUCAAGCUUUAGAGGUGGUGAGAGUUGAAAGAGAUGAAGCAGAGACCACUGUAGAGGAACUAAGAUCACAGUUUGAAGAAAAGGAAAGGAAUAGAAGACAUGCAGAGGAGAUGUUAGACACAGAAAGAGAGAAGUCGAGUUUGAUAAAGCAGGAAUUAGAUAUGAUAAAAGAUAACAGAGAUCAGAUGGAUAAAAAAUUCCAACAAUUACAGGAUAGGAUGUAUCAGGAACAAGACAAUUGGUUCAAAAGAGAACAGGAACUAUUGAACAAGAUAGACCAGGUGUCUGAAUCAAAUGUUAAAGUUGUUCAACAAGAAAAGGACAAAAAUGAAGAAUUGUCAAAUCGCAACAGAGUGAUGGAAGAAGAAGUACAUGAAAUUCAGAAAAUUAUAAAGAAGAUGGAAAUGGAACAUGAUGCUGUUCUGAGAGAAAAGGAAAGCCUCAAAGUAGAGAUGGGUAUAAUGGAAGCAAAGUUUGAAAGUUCACAGAGAACAUUAGAGGCUGAGCUAGCUUCACAGAUGGAAAAAGAGAUUUCAGAUCAGAUGUCAGACCUUCAAAAACGUGUUGAAAAAAAUGACAGUGAGAUGAGAGAAAAACAUUAUGAACAUACAAAGGAAUUAAAUCAACGUCAUAAAGAAGAUUUAGAGAAACACCUGGCUAACUUUCAUAGACAGCUAAAAGAUAGGGAUGAUGAAAAUCGUAGACAAAUACAGGAAUAUGAAGAAAAGCUUCAAGCAUACAGAGCAGAAAUAAGUAAUUUACAGGAUACUAAACAAAAACUGGAGAAACAGAGAACUGAUAUAUUGCUGAAACUUCAACAAAUGAUGCAGUCACAAUGGAAUGAAGCCCUCAGUCUGCUGGCUACUACUCCUCAGAGAAAGAGAGGACAGUUCAAUGGCCCGUCAAAAGUUGCUGAGUUUAGUCUUUCCCAAAAUGGAACUAAUUCUAGGCCUAGAGAAGACAACUCACUUCAGCUCUCUGACCUUAGCAGUAGAGAACAGGCACCGUCUGCUGCACAAAGGGGAAAUAAAUCUCGUAUGACAAGAGAUGAUGUUCCUGUUUCCACUGAAGUAAAUUUGACAGAUUUUCAGACAUCUUUGCAUAUGCAACAACUUUUACAAAGUCUUUCAAGCUUCACAACACAGCCUUUCCCAGCAUAUGGUAAUGGACAACCUGCUAACCAACAGGACAAUGAUGUUUACCCUGAUCCUCACCAGACCCUUCCUCUGAGACCUGAAAUGUCAUACAGUACCCAUGAGGAGACAAAAUCUGCAUCUUAUCCAUCCUCUCCUAAUCCUAAGAAAGUUUAUCACCAAGGAAAUAUAUCUCAAGGUCAUAACCAAGGAAAUUUAAUUCAAGGUCAUCACCAAGGAAAUGUAUCUCAAGGUCAUCAUCAAGGAAAUGUAUCUCAAGGUCACCACCAAGGAAAUGUAUCUCGAGGUCAUCACCAAGGACAUUUAUCUCAAAGUCAUCACCAAGGAAAUGUAUCUCAAGGUUAUCAUCAAGAAAAUGUAUCUGAAAGUUAUCCCGAAGGAAAUGAUUCUGAAGGUCAUGCGCUUCAGAGUCCUGCUAUGAGUUAUUCACAUCCUCCUCUGAGUUAUCCUGUAGAUGAAACAGAUGAAUUUAAUAAUCAUCUACAAAUGUUACUGAAUGCCAACAGACCUGACCCUCCAGUUUUAACAGGGUCAAGGAAUGAUUCUGUUAGUCAAGGACAUGCUCUUAAUAUGAGCCAGAUGUCUUCUGUGGUUGGAUUAAAAAAUGAUUCACAAAACUAUGGACAUGUUCAAUCAAAUGCAAGUCAAGUUCAAGGUCAACAACACCCUCAUAGACAAACUUAUAGUGAAUCUGUUGAUCAUUGGCUUAGACAAUCAUUGAGGUCACAGGACAAUCAGUCACAUGAUUUAAACAAGUCACAUGCUAGUCAUGUGAGUAGUCAUCAGGAUGAUUACAUUGGCCAAAUGGGAAUGGCUGUGCCUAUCCGUCCACCACAACAACAAGAGAGUUUUAUAGCUCCACCAGAUUCUGAGUUAUCUAGUCAUCACCCAGAUAUGUCCCAUCUUCAUCAGCAACCUCAGUCAGCAUGUUACUCCCCGCCAACUAAACAGACAAGAACGCAAGCUUUACAACAGGACCAUGAUCCUUUACUCAAUGAAUCUGUCAGACUUGCCAAUGAAUACAAUGAGAUCUCAGAUAAAGUUGAAGAGCAUGAGUACAGACAGGGAGAGUUACAACAUUAUAUACACAUGCUUUUACAGAAACCCCCUGGUGAUCCAGGGAUAGAUCAAGAUGAACAUGCAUCAAUAUUUUCUCAUGAUCAAACAGAAGAAUUAGAUUUAAACGAUACGGCUCAAGCAGCACAGAUACAGAGAGAAUUGUCACGGAUACAAGAAUUACGGGAGAAACCAGCAUUGCAUGAUGAAACAGACAGAAGAGCUGUUAAAGUACCAACAGCACAGGGCAGUAAAGCUGUUGGCAAUUCUUUCCAAGGAGUACUACAGCCAGAACAUUUGGCAGAAAUCUCAAAAUACCUUGAGAAACAUAAGGAUCAAUUAUCAGGGAAAACUAAUGAGGAUGAACAUUUAGUAGAAAUUGUCAGCUUACUUAGAAAUAUGCAGAUACAAAAUCCACAAAAAACAGUUAAUUUUAGACAACAAGUUGAAUCACCAAGGUCGCCUAGGGAUAAAGUGAAGAAAAAUCUGAGAGGUCAGAUGUCAAAGGUAUCAGAUAGUGCUCAAUCAAGACCGGAUACCAGUCAAGGUCAAAAUGGAAAAUCUCAAGGGCAGACAAAGAAAAUAGAAAGAAAAGUAGCAUCUGUUGGUCCUAAUAGACAUAUUCAAAAUAAAGGAAAGAAUGCUGCAUGGAAAUGAUGAAGAAGAAUUUUUACAUAUUUAUUUUAAAGAUCUGAAUAAGAAUUAUAAAUUGUGGUUGUAUCUUCAACAGAUAAUUCAUAGCAAUUCGUGUAAUGAUUACAAAUUUGUAGCAGUAAAAAUAUAAAAUCUCCAAAUCUGAUUUGGACUGCUUAUAAGAAGUUUUAUUUAAUGAGUUUUUAGUUCAAAGUUAAGACUACUAUUUUUUUCAACUUUGAAAAGAUUUAGAGAUUAUUGUACACAUUUUUCUUUAAAAUGAAAUUGAAUAAGGCAUAAAUUAACUUUUCUGUUAAGGCAUAUUAAUGAAAUUGGAGCUUUUAUAAUGACAUGGUUGUAAUUUAUGUGUCUUAAAUAUUUAUUUAUUUUACAAUUUAUGUAUGACUAUUUAUUAUGUUACAUAAAUCUAUUUUUACAAGUA